AUGAAUUAAGAAGAAAAGCAAAAUGAAAAUAAAGAACCGGAAGUUAAGGAUAACGUAGAAGAGUUUUGCAUGAAGGCUUUAUCUGCAGAGGAAUAGAAAAAGAUUAUGUUAUAAAUUAGUGAAGAAGAAUCAUUCAAUCUAAAAAAUAUAUAAUAAAGAGAAGAUGAUGCUGUUUUUAUUGAAGACGAACCAGAUAAGGCUUUGGCCAAGCUUUUGACAAUUAAUUAGUAAAAUUUUUAGGAAAGAUAAGCCUAUGCUAGACAUUUGAGUGAAUUGAUAAUAUUGGUAGGGGAUGACGCAUAAUAACAAUUGACUUAGAUUAUAAAUUAAUUAAUUAGUGACAGUGACGAAAUAAAGAAAAUCCUGAUCCAUCAACUAAAUUUAUUAAUAGAUCAUUUAGAUGUAUCUAUAAUUAAACAACAUUUAUUACCAGCAUCUAUGUAAUUAAUAAAAUAUCAUAAUUUUGACAUCUAAUCUGAUGUUCAAAAAUAAAUAUCUAGAAUAGCAUAGAAACUAACCAACGAAGAAAUAAAUGAGUUGAUAUUAAAUGACUUAAUUCUUAUGGCACAUGAUGAAUCGAAUGAAGAGAAUAAGAUGGUGGCUCUUCAAUUUUUUGGUUCUUAUGCUCAUAUUGCCAAUUAAUAAUUCUUAGAAUCAUUCAUUUCUAUUGAAUUUAUCAAUGCAGGUGAGGAUAUCAGUGUCAGAGUCAGAAAGGAAUCUCUUUAACAAUUACCACAUAUUGCAAAGUCAGUAAGACCUGAAUUUUUCGUGACCAAAUUGCUUCCCUAUUAUCUUUAAAAAUCUGAAGAUAAAUCAUCUUGGCAUAUUCGUAAAGCAUGUGUAGAGAUUAUUGUGAAAUUAGCUUAGGUAGCUCCAAAAUAAGUUCGAUAGAAUGAAUUAUCUAAUAAAAUGGUUGACUUCUUAAAGGAUUCAAAUAAAUGGGUUAAAGCAUCUGCAUUCUCUCUUCUUGGAUUAUUCAUUCACACAUUACAAGAUUGUAAUUAAAAAAAUGAAUAGUUAUUAAAUGAAUAUUGUCGAUCAAUAAAUAAAGAUGUUUGUGAAUAUUUCUCAUCUGAUUAAGAAAUCUAUGAUGCAUGUGCAGCAACCUUCCAUUAUGUUGUUGAAAUAUAUGGAUAAGAAAAGUGGCCAAAUCUAUUAAAAUUGUUAUAAAAUCUAGUAAAAAACAAAGGAGUUAGAAAAAUGUUGGCAGAAAAUCUCUAUGUCAUUGCUAAAUCAUGUGGUCCAAGAUAUGCUGAAAAAGAUUUAGUCAUCAUUUUAGAUUCGUUUUUGAAGGAUUUAAAUGAUGAAGUGAAAUAUGCAGCAGCACAACAUUUAUGGGAAUUUAUUAAGAUUUUUGAUGAAGAAAAAAGAGAUAAUUUACUAGAUGUUGUAUUAAUCAUAUAAAGAGAUCAAAAGAAAUGGAGAAUUCGUCAUCUUAUUGCUAAGUAAAUUAAGCAUUUGGUUCCUUUGUACAGUGUAGAUAACAUAUUCCAAAUCAUAGUACCAAUUACAUUGAAAUUAUGUAAUGACAUUGUUGCAGUUGUAAGAAAAUAAGCAGCCAAAGAAAUGCAUUCUAUUUUGCAAUCUUUGAAUACAGAAGAUGAAACCAGUCAAAUUUAUUAUUAAUGUUUAAUUGAGAAUAUUAAAGCAUAUGGAAUCAGUCAUCGUUUUAAUCAGAGAUAAGCAUUUGCUUAUAUGUGUUCAAAGUUGAUUACACUUAAAGAAUUUGAAUCUACUUUCUUGGAAUAAUUUCUAUCUCUCAGUCUUGAUCCAGUUAAAAAUGUGAGAAUCACAGUAGCUCUUAUUGUUUAAAAACGAUUUAAAUAAGGGCAUCUCAAAGAUAAUCAGAAAAUAUUGUAAAUGAUUGAAAACCUGAAAAGCCAUAAAGAUAGAGAAGUGCUAAAAAUUUUGGACUGA